AUGAAGACUGCGCUGCUACGCGAGGUCGACGUGCAGGUAGCACGAGUGAACCCGCGCGGAGAGUGCUCAUCGUCGCCCGAGUAUGUCUUUGCCAUUCAACCAAGAAAUCGCGGCCACCACGACGGACAGAUUACUCGUCGACAGGACUUGGAUCGCCCCACGACGCUUAAUAGACACAAAGUACCAGUGGUGCAUGAAGUUCUACGCACCUACAGUGAGUGUCGUACGCUAUACAGAGAGCUACUGUGUCUCACCGACUGCAAGAACGUACGGGCGUGCUGUUGCGCUCUAGGAUCGUGUCCGUUCUGGUCACUAUUCGCUGUGUUAGGCAGCAUCGAGUUUCCCAGACGGACACUGUUCAACCACCAGUCCAAGCACGUAUUCGCACAGAGGACACAGGCGUUGGAUGCAAUGAUGCGUACGAUACUCGCAAUACUGCGUGCAAACUACCGCAUCCGCCACUUCCGUUCUUACCAGGCCCCGUAUGGGGCAGACCGCGUGUGCAAAGUGUUGGUUUCAUUGUGUCUCUUUCUAGAACUGGACACAGCGGGUGUGGAGCAGCGUCUACUGGAAGGUGGCGAACGACUCACGUACAAGCUGAAUCUGCAGGGCUGGCAGUCUGAUCGAAUGAAUCUGUAUUUCGACUACAAAGACAAGAAGAAUUACCGCAAAUUUGUUGAAGUGCGAGAACACAAAUCGAUGGAACUACGCCAGAGCUCUCUACAGCUAGUAUGGAUCUGA